AUCGUACCGCCUGCGGUCAUCCGGCCUGGUGUAAGAAGGAACACGUUACCGAUGCCAGUAGCGGUUCCUCCCGCUCCUGUGGCUGGGUAUGAAGUUGAGGAAAAGGAAGAGGAAGAGAUUCGACCUGAGGAAAGUGGGAUUCAGGCUAUAUUGCAGAAUAAAGAGCUUUUCUUUGAAUUUAUGGACGAGGUGCGUGGUCACGUGUACCAAAUUGUAAUGGCGUAA